GCGAGCUGUACAGGGUCCCGACAAAUAAUACAACGUGUGUUCAGAAAUGAGAUGAGGAGUAUAUGGCUAUAUGCUUUUCUAUGGUUGUGGAGUAUUUGCUUUUCUAUGGUUGGAGUAUAUGCUUUUCUAUGGUUGUGGAUAGACAUGAUAAUUGUAACUAGGUACGGACUGAGGAGUAAAGAAAAUUCAAAAGCUAGGUUGCCUAGGUACAUGAUAAAUUUGUACAUUCAAAUAAUGUAAUUUGCUGUAUGCUAGAUCUUGAAUGAAUGGAAACAAAAAUGGACGCAAAAAUAGAGCACACCGUAAGAUGUUUGGAGGAGGAGCUGAAAUCAGUGUCUAACAAAAUCCCGAAAUGGAGCAUCUUUCGAAUUCCCAAGAGACUCCGGCAUGUGAAUCCGGAAGCAUAUACUCCUCAUCUCAUUUCAAUCGGUCCGCUACACCACGGUAAUAACAGCUUAUCUUACAUGGAAAAGCAUAAACAAAACUACUUGUUUGCUCUUUUGUCUAGAACUGGGAGUGAUUACUCUAAAGUGCUGGAUGCUUGUGUUCGUACGAUGGUAGGCAUUGAGUCUCAAGCCGACAAUUGCUACGCCGGACAUAUUCCUAAUGAUGGGUUAAACCUAUCCAAAAUUCUCAUCACUGAUUCUUGCUUUAUCAUCGAAUUGUUCCUUAGAUACUACUGGGAGGUCGUGGUCGGCAAUAAGGAUGACAUUUUGAGAUUAAGUGACUGUAAGCUGUUGUCCCGUCCUAAUAACACUACUUGUAUGAAUGAUGAUCCUAUCUUCCAGUCCAACUGGAUCAUCUCCACCCUGAGGCGAGACUUGGCGCUGUUAGAGAAUCAAAUCCCGCUCUUUGUCCUGCAGGAACUGCUGAAUACUUUAGCAACAGUUGCAUGCUGUCGUAAUUCGCUCCAAAAUAAUUUACUUGCUGGAUUGAUAUUCCAAUUUUUUAAGCCAGAUUUGUGUUCCAACCCUGAAAGAAACCGAGAAGCUGCACCCUCGCAACAACAACACAGGCAUCUGCUGCAUCUGCUUCAUAUUUUUCAUCUUCCUGCCGGGAAUAGACGAGGACAAUCAGGUGACAGUACUGGUAGAAAAGUGAAGUUUAUCGACACUAAUGUCACAAACCUGAUAGAUGUUGGAAUGAAGUUGAGGGUUAAACAAGACAGCGGCUUGUUCAACUUCAACUUUGACAAUAAUGGAGUGCUCGAGAUUCCACAACUUCGAAUCCAUGAGUGGAGUGAUUCUCUAUUCAGAAAUCUCAUGGCUUUCGAGCAUUGCUUCCACGGAGGAGGGCAGUUCAUUGCUUCCUACAUAAAUCUAAUGAACUGCCUCAUCGAAAACAAAGACGAUGUCAAGCUACUCAAGGGAAAGCAAAUCAUAACAAACGAGCUAGGAGGAGCGGAGUAUAUGGUGGACUUCUUCAAGGAAAUCUGCGAGCAAGUCGUCAUUCAAGACUUUUACUUCCACGAUUCGUGUGAGAAGAUUAACAAGUAUUAUCAGUCGCGGUGGCGGAGGUAUAUUCAUGAUCUUAAGAAAAACUAUUUCGCUACUCCUUGGACAACGAUUUCCUUGAAUGUUGCUGCUUUGAUUCUAUGUCUUGCAACAGUUCAGACUGUCUAAAGCACACUUUCAUACUACAAAGAUUAAUACCAAAAAAGUAAUUGCUCAAAGAGUAUGAUGCAACUUGGCUGACGUGAACGAACACAACAGCUUAAUUAUCUAGCACAAGUCAAGUUAAAACGGGUCAAUUUUACCUUUAAAGGUCAGGUCGAGUCAUGUCAAGUUGGGUCAAUAUUUAUGUAUUUUUGUUUUGGUCGAGUAUACUCGAGGUAGAGAUGGUUUAAGUUUGAUAAGUUAUUUCGGGUUUAGGUAGAGAUGGUUAACUUAAGAUAGGCUAAAUUUUAAAUUCAAAUUAUUUUAGGUUUUGAAUCAUUUAAUUAAGUCUAUUCAUCAUUGGAUUAAAGUCACCUUAGGUCAAUCAGGUCAUUUUUCAAUUCAAGUCUGGAUUAAAUCGGAUUAUUAUAUUCUUCUCAAGUCAACUUGGGUGUGAAUUUUGUUAUAUGGUGGUCAAUUUACUAAUUUGGGAACGAUGAUGUUGAACGAAUAUGAAAUGAGUAUUUAUAUAUCAUUAAUAAUUUAUUUG